AUGAACAUGAGGUCAGCCCCUACCCGGCUUCCCCUGGACUUUAACGACAACAAGCCCUGCUGCGGUGUCUCAGAGCCAGCUUCAGUGGAUAUACUACUGACAAAUCUCAUCAAGGGGAACCUGCUGCCCUCUGCACACAUCUGGAUCACCUCCAGGCCGACAGCUGCAAAUCGCAUUCCAGUUGAUCUUGUCGACCGUGUGACAGAGAUACGAGGGUUCAACAACCCCCAGAAGGAAGAGUACUUCAGGAAAAAAAUCUCUGAUCAAAACAUGGCCAGUAAAGUCAUUUCACACGUGAAGUCAACCAGGAGCCUCCAUAUCAUGUGUCACAUACCAGUCUUCAGCUGGAUAUCGGUCACCGUUCUGCAGAGGAUUUUAGAAGAAACAGAAAGGAAGAGAAAAGAGGAAGAUGGGGGUAGAGGAGAAAUGCCUAAGACUCUGACACAAAUGUACACACAUUUUCUGGUAUACAACUCAUUGAUCAGAACUCAGAAGUAUUCAGCAGGACAAGAGGCAUCUGAAACACAGUCUCAGGACAAAAUGGAUGAAGAGGUGAUCUUGAAGCUUGGAAAACUGGCCUUUGAGCACCUGAUGAAAGGCAACAUGAUCUUCUAUGAGAGUGAAUUGAAUGAGUACAAUAUCGACGUUAAUGAUGCUGCAAUAUAUUCAGGACUGUUCACACAGAUCUCAGAGAAUGAUUUUGGAUUUCAUCUGGAGAAGGUCUAUUGUUUUGUGCAUCUCAGCAUACAGGAGUUUUUUGCUGCAAUGUACAUUUUCCACGCAUUCAUCUGCUUCAAUCAGAACUUGCUGGAACCACAAGAAACCACCACUGUCCAGGAGGCUCCCGGUGGUUUAACUGACCUUCUCCAGAGUGCAGUGAAUAAGGCCUUGCAGAGUGAGAACGGACACCUAGAUCUUUUUCUUUGUUUCCUUCUUGGCCUCUCGCAGACAUCUAAUCAGACUUUGUUGAAGAGCGUUCUGACCACAAUGGGAAGCAGCUCACCAAGAAAUGAGGAAAUUGUUGAGUACAUCAAGGAAAAGAUCAGGCAAAAUCCCUCCCCAGAAAGAUGCAUCAAUCUCUUCCACUGCCUCAGUGAGCUGAAUGAUCAGUCUCUUUUGGAGGAAAUCCAGAACUACCUGAGCUCUGGUAGUUUGUCAGAGACCAAACUGUCACCUUCACAGUGGUCUGCUCUGGUCUUUGUGUUGCUGACCUCAAAGGAAGAGUUGGAUGAGCUUGACCUGAGGAAAUAUUCAAGAUCAGAGGAGGGUCUGAUUUGGCUUAAAGAAUGCAACCUCACAGACAAAUGUUGCGAAGCGCUUGGAGCAGUUCUAAGCAAUUCAUGUCUGAAAGAGCUGGACCUAAGUGAUAAUGAUCUGCAAGACUCAGGAGUAGAACUGCUGUCUGCUGGACUGGCAAGUCCAACAUGUCAGCUGGAAAAACUGAGGAUGUCAUUCUGUGGAAUCACAGAGAUUGGCUGUGGCAUUUUGGCUAGAGUUCUGAGGUCCAACCUCACCCACCUGAAGGAACUGGAUCUGAGUUACAAUCAUCCAGGGCAACUGGGGAUGGAGCUGCUGUCCAGUGUGCAGGAGGACAUUGAACACCUCACUGUCAGCUUGAACAGCAGUGCAGAGUGCUACUUAAAAUCAGCUCUGAAGAAAUAUGCAUGUCAUCUUACUAUGGAGCUGAAUACUGCCCAUUCACACCUGUCUUUUUCUGAAGACAACAAAAAAAUGACACGAAUGGAAACAAUGCAGCCAUAUCCUGACAACCCAGAGAGAUUUACAGACUGGGGACAAGUGCUUUGUAAAGAGGGUCUGUCUGCUCGUUGCUACUGGGAAGUGGAGUGGACUGGGGAAUGGACAGGUAUUGGAGUGGCUUAUAAAGGAAUCAGCAGGAAAGCAAAAGGUAACGAGUCCGUCUUUGGCUACAAUGAUCAGUCCUGGAGUCUGUGCUACUGUCACGGCAAAUACACUGCCUGGUACAAUAAGAAUGAUGCAACCAUAUCUGUCCCCUACUUCAACUCCAAAAGGGUUGGAGUGUUCUUAGACUGGGCAGCUGGCACUCUGUCCUUCUACGCUGUAUCAUCAAUGACCAUGACUCACCUGCAUACGUUCCACACUGAAUUCUCUGAGCCACUGUACCCAGGCUUCAGGCUGGGAUUUGCAGAUUCUUCAUUAAUUCUGUGCCAGCCAGAAUAUCCUUAAAUAUUCAUUGUAUAUGUUCAUAAAACAUGUACAUAACAAAUCAAAAUAGAAAUAUGCAAAUUAUGCAAACAUUAUGGGGAAAAUACAGGUAUUUCAGAUGGCCUUGUUUCUAAUAUGCUAUUUCCGUCUAUAUCAAUAGUAAAUUCCUAUCAGCUAAGUGUUCCUAUCAAGUUACUUAAAAAGUGAUAUUUUAGUCAACAUGUCUGAAGAACUAUGUUGGUAUCACUGAUGUGGCUCUGGAUUGGUUUAUCUCCUAUCUGUCGAACAGAUUCUUCUCAGUAGUGCUUGGAGAUGCCUCCUCCUCUCGUGCUCUGCUAUUUUGUGGGGUCUCCCGAGGAUCUAUUUUGGGUCCCCUCCUGUUAUACAUAUACAUGCUACCCCUGGGUUAAAUCAUGCAUAGUCAUGACAUUGACUUCCAUUGCUAUGCAGGUGACACCCAAUUGUAUGUCCGAUAAAGCCUGGUACCAUGGAUGCAUCCUGUAUUAUGUCCUGCAUCACCGAGAUUAAAAACUGGAUGCCCAAAAAUGUUCUGCAAUUGAACGACUCUAAAUCAGAGGUAAUUAUAACUGCCCCCCGUGGCCCCAGUACUAGCAGCAUUAAUAAUCUCUCUUCUAGUCUGGGUGCCUUAUCUAAUAAUGUUCGAAAAGAGGCCCGCAACCUAGGUGUCAUUUUUGAUUCAGAAUUGCCCUUUGAUGCUCAGGUGACUAAAGUGGUGCAGUUCUGCUUUGCACAGCUGAGACAGUUAAUUAAUAUCAGGUCAUUCCUUUCCUCUGCAGACUUAGAAAAGGUCACCCAUGUUUUUAUCUCUUCUAGACUUGACUAUUGUAACACACUUUAUUCUGAUAUCAGCAGGUGAAAUAUCCAAAGAUUGCAGCUGAUACAAAACACUGCUGCCAGGCUUUUAACACGUACUAAGAGAAACGACCACAUUACACCAAUCCUUGCUGCCCUUCACUGGUUACAUGUGAGUUUUAGAAUUGAUUUUUAAGGUUUUACUGCUUGUUUUUAAAGCCUUGAACGGUCAGGCUCCUGCCUAUAUCUGUGAUCGGCUAGCUCCCUAUGAGCCUGAUUGCUGCUUGAGAUCCUCUGGCAGGGCCCUCCUUAUGGUUCCAAAAUCUCGACUUGUCACUAAGGGUGGACCGGGCUUUUGCGGUCCUGGUCCCUCAGCUGUGGAACUCCCUGCCUGAGGAUCUCAGGAAGGCAAACACAGUAUCCUAAAUCUCAUCUUAAGACUCACUUUUAUCGUAUGGCUUUUUCUUAAUCUGAUGGUAUUUGUUGUAAUUAUUUUAUCAUGUAUCUGUAUUUGUAUCUGAAGAUACAGAUCUAGAUCUUAUUUGCUUUUAUUAUAUCUUUUUAAAGGUGCUAUAUAAAUAAAGUUAUUAUUAACAUGGGUUUCCAUCUAGCUGCUCCUUAGCAUUGAAAACUCCUCCGGGAUAUCCAAACUUCUCACCUUGUCCCUAAGGGGUGAGGCCAAACACUCCACAAAGGAUAGUUAUUUUGGCCACUCUGCAGUCUUAUUGUUUUCGUCAUUACCAAGAGGUCAUGACUAUAGGCGAGGGUUGCAGGGUGAAUCCACUAAUAAUCAUGAGUUUCACCUUCAGGCUCAGUUUGCUCUUCACAAUGACAUUCCAGUACAACAUCUGCAUUAUUGGACACCUCACGAGCUGCCUAUCGAUCGCACAGUCCAUCUUACCCUAAAUCAUGAACCAAACCCUCAGAUACUUUACACUAUGGGCAGCAAUGCGUUCCGAAACCAAGGAAGACAAUCCACUGUUUUCUGGAAUGAUAGCAUGGCCUCAGAUUUGGAAGUACUGACUCUCACCGCAGCUGCUUUACACUGGACAGAAAACCACCCUAGUACGCACUGGAGGCAUUGUAAAUAAAAGCAGCAGAACUACAUCAUUGACAAGAAGCAAGAGGAGGACAGUGUCCGGUAGCAGCUAGUUCAAAUGUGAAACUAGAAUGAAUAAAAAGUGUUGUGUCCAAGCAAAAAGUGAGCUUGAGGGUUCUGCGCAGUAUCUUUGCUGUUCCCAGUACUGCACUUGUCUGGACUGAGAUGUCUGGUGUUCUUCCAGGGAUCUGCUGU